AUGACAGAAGAGUUCGAGAUCGCCGGAACUUGGUGGACUUCACCAACAGACUCAUUCUCUGGCUACUCGCUGCCACGUUCUACUGAGAUUAGCCUCGAUGUCACAAAUUUCGGAUGGCAAAACGUUGAUAACAAGAUUAACGAUCAGAGUGAUGAUUAUAAUAUGAACUUGCACACAUCACAAAUCUCUUGGAAUCAAUCUAUCAUGCAUAGUAGUUUCUUCGAAGGAUUAUUCGAUCCUAAUGAGCAAUUACAAUCGGAUUCUUGGCCAAAAGCUACAAUUCCUAACGCGAAAUCUGAGCUGCUCGAAAGUUUUCCAUUCUUCGAUAACAUGUUCUUGAUCGAUUCAGAAGGUGAGUCUUUAUUGGAUCAUGAGAUCAGAAACCAUAACUCGAAGGAGCAAAUUACACAAAGGAGAGAAAAGACCGAAGAAUUAGAAGAGAAUAGCGAUGAAUAUUCACCGCGAUUGCUUAAAAGGCAAAGAAUCGAUACAUUAUCUCCAUUGCCCAGCUUCAAAGUUCGUAAAGAAAAGCUCGGAGAUCGAAUCACUGCGCUUCAGCAACUGGUUUCACCAUUUGGCAAGACAGAUACAGCUUCUGUUCUCAACGAAGCAGUAGAGUACAUUAAGUUUCUUCAAGAACAAGUCACUGUGUUGUGUAAUCCAGACCAGAACACCAAAGGAUCUGUUCAACAACAGCAGUGUUUAGACAAGAAUUCUACCAAUAUUACUCAACAAGAAGAAGAAUGUAGUUCAAGAAGACAAGUAGAUCUCGCGAGCCGCGGGCUAUGUCUGAUGCCGAUUUCAACAACAUAUCCGGUGGCUGCGGCCGCGGCUUUGGCUGCAGAGAUGAACACUUCUGAUUUCUGGAACAUCCCAUUCUCUGUAAACUUAUGA